AUGCUCCUCGCUUUGCGCGGGUCCACAAAAGUGCAAAAGUAUGGGGCUACAGUUAUUCGCUCUUCGUGUAUUUGCUGCGCUCGCUAUCUGCAUGCAUAUGUUGAAGACGUGGAUCAGCCACGUAAAUCUCGCGCAUACCUUCGGGAGCCCCCUGGAUUUGUUGCUGCGCAUCGGUGGAUGCUUCACAGAGCCGCAAAUGAUAACCUCCAGAAUUUACUAUUUCAUGGGGAACAAAAAGAUCGGGCGCCUGGAGUGGAAGGGAACUUCCUUUCUUCGGCCGUUCGGGCAAAUUUGUCUGGGUCCCCUGUCAAAGACAACCUUACAUACCCAAUAAUUGACACACCCAUAACUUGCCACCCAAGCAUGAAAUUCCUUUCCAGUCAACUGAUACGUGUUGAUAAUGCCAUAUCCGGAUGGGAACCGUGGGACGAGGAAAAAUCAGCGGCCAGUGACGUUGACAGAUAUGGUUGUCAAGCGGACAGUGGCGGGUUGCAUCGAAGUUGUCGCUUCAACUGCGUAGUUCCCACUUCCUACCAUACUAGGACUGACAACUCCGUUCGUCUUGUAUCGGUCUUGCGUGCAGCAUCUGCUCGUCACAUGGCGCCGACAUCCUCAGGUAUCUCCAAAUCAGUCUUCAAGCCCCGACACCCAGUCUAUCUGGCUGCCUUCAGUGACCUCACUCUGCAGCAAGCAGGACAAGAAGCUGCUCUUGCUCUCACACUGGACUCGCUUGGCAUUGUUGUGCUGUGUCUCAGAAACAAGAAUUUAAGAUACAAGCACACUUUCGGCUAUGCACCUCUGGUGAUCCAAGGCUGCUGCGGCGGGAUGUGCAGGGGUUGGUAUCGUCCUGAGUCAUCGGACGAAGUAUCCCUGCUUGACUGGAUACCCGUUGAUAGUCGCCUUUGUGCGGUUCGUCUGGCAACGUCUGUGAAGGAGUCUCACAGGCGGCAAGUUGAUAGAUGUAUGUUUACCGUGUCUGCCUAUGCCCCUACUGACUGUAGCUCCGACAUUGUGGUGGUUGCCGGAGAUAUGAAUGAGCAAGUGGGCAUGAUCAGUGUAUCUGAGACCCAAUUAGGUGGCCGACAUGCUUUGAACUCGAUCCGGAAGUUAGACGAACUUACCAGAAUCAUCUCCUCCAAAUAUGUGAACUCAUAUUAUGAAGAGAUUGCCACCUCUUUGCAUAGUGCUGAGAAUUUCGCCUGUGGCACGGCACUAUCAGGCGCACUCAAGCAGACCAAACGGUGGCACUGCUUAAAUCCCGGCGGCCCGGAGCAUAACUUGAAGCGGCCAAUUACCAGACGUCAAGUGAAGAGGAGUGUGCAAGCCGACCGUGAAGUGUGGUCGGCCGGUAAUGCCCGAAGAUUAUUUAGCUUGAUCCGUGCGACCGGGCCCCGGAAACCACCUGUGAGCGAAGCUAUCAAUGGUCGGAAUGUCGCUGACAUUCCUCUUGUGGACCGCCGCUUGUACGAAAACUUAUCUCGAAUGGGUUUUGACCAACUGACUCCUGUACAGCGCCAUGCCAUUGGGCUUUUGUGUACUGAGGAUGUGACAGAAGUUCCCGGUGGCGAAGCUAGCUACCAGCGAGUGACUGGUAGGUAUGAUCUCAUGGCUGCCGCUCAAACUGGGUCUGGGAAAACUCUGGCCUACCUAAUCCCAAUGGUCAACCGCUUGCUGCGCGUCUAUCCUUACGAAGCUAUGCAGUCGCUUCUCGGACAACCCUCCUGCCAGUUCCCAUCCGGACUUAUUCUUGCUCCCACAAGGGAGUUGGUUCAACAGAUACUCUCCGAGGUCACGAAGUUAUCUUACCGUACGUUCCUGCGACCAGUCGGUAUUUACGGAGGCGAACGCCCAGUUCGGCAACUUCAUCAGAUUUCGCUCGGUUGUCACGUGGCGGUUGCAACACCCGGGAGGUUACUGGACUUUCUGCGCCAAGGUAAACUGCUGCUCAGUCAUUGCAGAUCGCUAGUGUUAGAUGAAGCGGACCGGAUGUUGGAUAUGGGCUUUGAGGAACAGAUACGGGAAAUUCUUGAAUCACCAGAACACUGUAUGCCCAAGCCACAGGAGUCGGAACGACAGACGUGCUUGUUCAGUGCCACUUUCCCACGGGAGGUGUCGUUAUUGGCAAGGAAUUUUCUUCGGGGUUCGAGAUGCAUCUCAUUAACUUUGGGUGGUCAAGAUGCUGGUGUUGUCGUUCCGGAAUGGGGUAAGUCCACCGGUCGGGGAACAGACCUCAGCAGUCUCACGCGGAUCGUUCCUCGGGAGAUUAGACAACGGAUCGAGUUUGUCCCGAGCUCCUCAGUUCAGACCUUGCAUUCCCAUCUUCUUGACCUUGUGCGAAGACUGAUUUCGGGUGGCGAGCAAUCAGCCGAGGAGGGUGCAUUGAAUCAGGUUUUAAUAUUCUGCAACACCAAGCGCGAGGUUGAUGAAGUCGAUGCAAGGUUGUAUCAGAAUGGUGUGAAAUCCGCUUCGAUUCAUGGAGACAAAUCCCAGCCACACCGUUCCCGAGCUUUGGAGUUGUUUCGUCGUGGUACGGUUCAAGUGCUUGUUGCAUCCUCUGUCGCAGCACGGGGUCUUGAUAUACCCCAUGUUACUGCUGUGAUCAACGUGGGCUUUCCAGUUGAGAUCGACGACUAUGUUCAUCGGAUCGGUCGAACAGGUCGAAUGGGCCGGGCUGGAGAGGCUAUCACCGUUUUGAAUCAAACACUACUGGAUAAAGCAUCUCGUUCUGUUGCUCGUGGAGUACUGCGUGUUUUGCAAUCGUCAAUGGGGGACACUGAAGCCAAUAUCCCAGAACCUGUGUUGUCUUUCGCCUGUCUAAAUCCAAAUGACUUUGAUGAGGAAGAGCCCCGCUUUACUGCUCGUAGGUCUUCCCAGUCCAAAUGGACUUCACCGCAUCGUUCCAACCGAUAUUCUGGCUUCGGUGACAAAAAACGAUCAUUUGGAUCCUUAGAUGAAUUGUCCAGGAGGUACACUUGAACUGCUCAGUGCCUGCAAUAUAUGUAGAUUUUAUCCUUCUCUUCUUCCCACUCUAAUGGCCGUCACACUGUGUGACAUAAUUUACACCUACUUCCGGUUUCUGUUAGGAAGUGUUGCACUUUCAUCUUAGGAAACCGUCACCCUAUCUUCAUAGCGAGACAAAUUAUCCUUUAAAUGUCUUUCCAUAUAAAGCAAACAAACGAGAAGAGUUGUAACUGACGGAUGCAAUGACUUUCCUACGAAAAACCGCUAGGAAACUCAACAAACACAUCCAUUUUGAGCCGAUAGAUAAUUGGAAAAUGUGUACCUUUGACAAGGGCUUUAGUAUAG